CCGCGCCGCAACUUGUCGUUCGGGCGACGUGCAAGCGCUAAGCGCUGUUUCCGCGUCUUAUUGAACAAGUGCGUGAUUUAUACGAUAAAUAAAAGUGCUAUUGUGGAACACUUCAAAAACAAUUUUACCAACAUAAUUUGGAUUAUUGAUUAUAAUUACUUCACGUGGAUGCUACGAAAUAUCAAAGUAAAAUGACAUUGUCAGCGCCACCGAUCGACGAGUAUGAGGACCCGUUCAUCGUGAUGAACACGACGAAUGUGACGAGCCACCCGGCAGCCUACGACGAGCCAUACACGCUCGACCUGGUGGUACCACUCACCGUCACCUACGUCGUCAUAUUCGUGGCCGGCAUCCUGGGGAACACCAGCACCUGUGUGGUCAUUGCGAGGAACCGUUCCAUGCAUACAGCCACAAACUUUUAUCUAUUCAGUUUGGCAAUUUCGGAUCUCAUACUGUUGGUAUGUGGAUUGCCGUUUGAGGUGCACAGAUUAUGGAAUCCGGACACGUAUCCGUUGGGCGAGGCUCACUGCAUCGCCAUCGGGUUAGCGUCGGAGACUUCAGCUAACGCGACAGUGUUGACGAUUACAGCGUUUACUGUGGAGCGGUACAUAGCAAUAUGUAGACCGUUCAUGUCGCACACCAUGUCGAAGUUGUCGCGGGCGGUGCGGUUUAUAAUAGCUAUUUGGGUGUUUGCAUUGUGUACCGCGGUGCCGCAAGCGAUGCAGUUCGGAAUAGUGUCGUAUAAGGAUAAUGGUCAGAAUGUGAGCGCGUGUACAGUGAAGGGUGUUGGUGUACAUCAAGUGUUCGUUAUAUCUAGUUUCGUGUUCUUCGUGGUGCCUAUGUCGAUGAUAUCUGUGUUGUACGCGUUGAUCGGUAUUAAGUUGCGGACCUCUCGGGUGUUGCAUCCAGUGAAGAAGCUCUCUGUGGACAGUAAUGAGAGAGCUAGUGGACAGAUGCAGUACAGGAACGGAGCCUCACAGAGGAGAGUUAUUAGAAUGCUAGUUGCGGUGGCGCUGUCAUUCUUCAUUUGUUGGGCGCCCUUCCACGUGCAAAGGUUGCUGGCCAUCUACGGGAAAAGUUUAGAACACCCUUCAGAUACUUUCUACUUGGUUUACAUCGUGCUGACAUUCCUAUCAGGAGUGCUAUAUUUCCUGUCAACCGCCAUCAACCCGUUCCUCUACAACAUUAUGUCGAAUAAAUUCAGAAAUGCCUUCAAGGUUACAUUGGCGACGUGGUGCGGUCGUGGAGGGCCUCGCAUGGGGAGGACAUACAGCGCACUGCUAGCGUCACAGCGGCUGCGCGCUGGCGGGGCCGGCGCGUGCGCCAGUGUGCGUGGCCCCCGGCGCCUGCGCAGGCUCUCCACAGCCACCACACAACUGUAUGAUGCGCCACCCCGAGCGCAGAGUUCGAUGGGGAUGGGACAGGGACCAUUUGCAGCUGCCUCAUGGUGUUUAAGUCCUCGAAUCAGAAGAGACCUGGUGAUCCUCGGCUCCGGUAUGAUGAAGCCACGGCACCUUCGUGCUGGGCCAUUUAACUUUCUCGACUUGCCUUCGUUUAUACAAGUUGUUCGAGCGGCCUAUAGCUACUACGCUGUGUUGGGAAAGAAAGAAUAAAG